AUGGUCAAUGGACGACUUGAAAAAUGCAAUAAUAGAAUAUCACAGACGUACGCUUAUGAUUUAGUGGCAGACUGUCUAAAUCUACCAAGUCUUUUAAAUAAUAAGAAGAAAAUUGCUAGUAAGAAAUGGUAUUAUAGUUUUAUGUCCAGGCACCCCGAGCUUAGGUUACGUCAACCAGAGAACAUUUCGAUUGCGCGCUCUAAAGGAUUCAAUAAGACCAAUGUGCAUGAAUUUUUCGACGUGUUGGAAAAGAUUGUUGACGAAACUGGAAUAGACGCUUUUUACAUUUACAACGUCGACGAAUCAGCUAGAGAAAAUGGCAUAAUAUUACUGCAACUUCCGGGGCAUACGACCUAUAGGUUGCAGCCUCUAGACGUUGGAGUUUUUAAGUCCGUGGAGUCAAGCUACAUGCAGGUCAUGGCAAACUGGUUUCGAACAAAUGUUGAUCAAAAAGUAACACAGUUUGAAGUAGCUACUUUGUUAACAGAAGCUUACACAAACUCUGCAACAACACAUAAUGCCGCAAUUGGAUUUAGAGCUUCGGGGGUGUGGCCUGUAAACCGAAAUGUUUUUUCUGACAGAGAUUUUGUGGCAAGUGAAAACCUACUGGUCCCAGACACGAUUGAAGCCGAGAAGGAAGAUACUCCUAGCGAAGUUACAGAUGUGACAAAUGAAAAUCAAGCCAAUCUUGUCCAGGAAGAUCCGAUCUCGUCAACAAGUAAACUAACACAAGGAGAAAGAAUGAGACCACAUAAAGAUAGUAACACUGUUCUAAUUGAAAAAAUAAGUCCACUACCAAAACCAAAAAUUGUCAAAAAAUCAGGUGAAAGGACCAAAAGGGUUGCACAAAAAGUGGCAAUACUGACAGAAAGCCCUUAUAAAAAUGAGCUCGAGGAAAAAUAUGCUUUAAAGGCACGAAAAUAUGAAAUGAAGAAGGCUGAAGAGACUCCCAAAACAUGUUUUUCAAACCAAAAAGUUUGCAAUGAUGACAGGAAUAUUACUGCUGGCUGA